CUGCUUCGUUACAAUACAAUCCCUCAACACACACUUCACCGAAAGAUUUAUCUACGAAGCUCACACGAUAUCCACGAUGGCUCCUCUUAAAGUUGGUGAUACACUCCCCGAGGGCGUCAAGUUCGAAUGGGCCCCGAUAACUGACUCGGACCCCACGGCCUGCGGGCUCCCCCAAACCUACGACGCCUCCAAAGAAUGGGCCAACAAAAAAGUCGUCGUCUUCUCCGUGCCCGGCGCCUUCACUCCCGGCUGCCAAGCCCACCACCUACCCCCCUACAUUGCCAAAGCAGCCGAGUUCAAGGCCAAGGGCGUUGACAUCAUCGCCACCAUUGCCAGCAACGACGCGUGGGUCAUGAAUGCCUGGGGCAAGGUCAACGGCGUCAAGGGCGACGAGGUCCUGUUCUUGAGCGAUACAAAGACCAUGUUUAGCCAGAACUAUGGCUGGCAGGCGGGUAUGGGCGAUCGCAAUGGCAGGUGGGCUAUGGUGUUUGAUCAUGGCAAGGUUGUGUAUGCUGAGAAUGAGAAGAGCCCUGGUGAGGUUUCGGUUUCUGGUGCCGAGGCUGUUCUUGCCAAGUUGUAGACUGCUGGUCUCGACGGGUUAUGAACUGCUGUUCUCGCCGACUUAUCGAGGACAGAUGGGUUAUUGGGCUUAUCUGGGUACGCCUCGGAUUACAUACUGCAUGUAGCUCAAAAGACCAAAGAUGAAGAUGCGAAAGGACAGAAAUGACUAAGAAUACCAAGGUGCUUUUCAUG